AUGACUGAAAUAUUACAAGGGAAAAUAGAUCUGUAUAGAUGCAUUCACAUAACUGAUAUUACCCUUCCCUCUAAUUUUGAAUUAGUUUUAGAGAAUUCUCUGAUAUCAUGGCAAAGUGAUGGAAUUCGAGGAGUAUGAUUAGAAAUCCCAAGCUCACAAUUAGAAUUAGUCUCGAUUUGCAAACAUAAAGGAUUCUACCUGCAUCAUGUCUCUGAAAACGGUCUUGUCACCGCUAAAUGACUUGCAAAUACCCAAAAUAAGCUUCCAAACUACUCAAGUCAUUAUAUUGGCGUAGGUGGAGUAAUUUUCAACAAUGAAGGAAACAUUUUGCUUGUGAGGGAAAUGUUUGAUAAUUCUGGAAUCGGCCAAUGAAAGCUCCCAGGAGGUCUUGUUAAUGCUAACGAAAUGAUUUUAGAAGCUGCAUGUCGUGAAGUCAAAGAAGAAGUAGGCAUCAAUGCAACACCUAUAGGGAUUUUAUGCUUCAGAGAAAUCAGAAAUUACAUCUUCAAUAAACCUGACACAUAUUUUAUUGCCUUGCUAGAUGCAGAAAACGUUGAACUCUUACAAGACACUGAAGAGUUAACUCAGAUAUGCUGGAAGCCUUUUGAAGAGUGGCUAAGAGAAACACCAAUAGGAGAAGGUAGAAAUAUGCUAGCAAGGCUUUACGGAGAUUCUCAAGAAAGUCCUAAAGAGCUUUUUAGAAAAAUAGCUUUAAAAAAUCAAGAAUAUGAAUAUGAAACUCCAAACUUUACAAAAACGAUAUCCUUGCAUUUACCUUUUAAUACAUUUUAA